CUGUGACGUACCCCCCCCCUCCGCCAGUGCCGCCGCCGCCGCCGCCGGGACAAUGUGGCGGCUGAAAGCGAACCAGAGCGAUGAUGUGUUUGACGAGGAGGCCGAUGAACUGCGGUUGUCGAGGAACGAGUGGAAUACCUGCAUGGGGCACAGACUGAAGGAAGGUUAUCGGGAUGGGAUUAAUGCUGGCAAAGAAUCCACUUUACAGCAAGGAUUCAAUAAAGGUUAUCAAGAGGGUGUAAAGAAGAUGUUGAUCCCUGGACAGAUGAAGGGAUUUCUGAGCGCAUUGCUGUCGUGGUGUCACCUCAACAGAAAUGAUCCUAACCUCGUGGCCAAAGUAAAUCAGCUCCUUGAUGUUGCUACCCAGCAGGAGGAACUUAUUUUUAGAAAUUUGAGUUCACCCCCUAGGGAAACUAGUGUUGGUGAUGUGAUGGAAUGCAUUGAGGAUAUGGGUUUGGCCACUGGACCAGAACAGCCAGAUAUGGAUAAUUCCAAUGAUGCUCAAACUGAAAACGACUGCCACAGUGCCAGUGAUAUCAGAAGGCAUGAUCUUCGAAUGAACAGUCCUGGUCUAGUACACCGUGGAUGCUGUAGGACUGCAUCAGGAAUUGAUGAAACAGAAAUGGUUAAGCAGCUCUAUCAAGACUGUGUUCUCUUAUUGAAAGACUAUGAAAUACCAAUAGAUAUGGCACCGCAUUUUCAGUUGCAACCAUAACUGUGUCAGUAAUUGAGUGCAAUGCCUUCUGGGUAUUUUUUGUUAAAUGGAAAUAGUUGAGAAUGCUAACUAUCUGCUGAGAUAUGUUUAAAAAUUUAAUAAAGUAUUUGAUUAUGCUGUGUGCAAGAAGAUAAGAAAAAGCCCUUCUGUCAUGUUUACUCUUAAUCUUUACUUAUCCUUUGUAACAGCCCAUCCCCAGUGUCUUUACAAACAUAUGAAUGGUAAAUAGGUGCAGGAUCCUCUGUUGCUAUUCCAUAAUUACAGCUGAUCUAACUAAUUUCAACUUUAUUAUCUACCUGCAAUGCUUAUUCAUCAACCCUCCUGCUUAUCAAGAAUCUAUCUACCAUCUGUUUCUGUCUUUCAUAUGUUCUCAGCCUCUGCUUCCACCACCUUUUGCGGAAGAAAGAACCAAAAUGUCAUUUUCAAAGAGGAAAAAAAAUCACCUCUUAAAUGCGAAUAAUUUAUUACUACAACAUUCUCCCACGUGGAACCAACUCCUUAGGAUUUCAUGUGUUUGAAUCGAUAGCUGGAUGGCCAACCCAUUCUUCAUAAAACAAUGUUCCCAUGUGGGAUAUGAGUAAACUUUCUGAAUUGCAUUCAAAUAGUUGACAUCCUUUCUUUUAAAAAAAAGAGACCAAUACAAUAUUGUACUCCAGAUAUAAUGUUACAGAGACACAAGGAAGUGCAGAUGUUGGAAUCUUGAGCAAAACACUUAAGUGCUAGAAUAUGAGGUGCUGUUCUUCCGGUUUGCAUGUUUGCAUCUGGCAACGGAAGAGGACAAGGACAGAAAGGUCAGUGUGGGAAUGGGAAGGGGAGUUAAAUGGUUAGGAACAGGGAAAGUUAACCGUAAUCAGGUAACUGAUAGGUUACCAGAGUAUUAUUUAAUUGCAAUAAACCUUUGUCUUUUAUAUUCAAUUCUCUCUUCGCCGCAAAAGAACCUUGUCAGCUUGCGAAUUGUGAAUUGCUCUGCCCAGGACUAGAAGGCUCUGCAGAGAGUAGUGCAUUCGGCCGAACUCACUAUGGGAACUUCACUCGCCCCUCUGCUGGCACUAUACACAGAGCCAAUAAGAUCAUGGGAGACCCCUUCCACCCCUGCAACGGACUGUUCCAGCUGCUACGGCCAGGCAAACGGUAAGGUUAAGGUUGAGAAGGAGGUUCUUCCCAGAGGCUAUUAGGACUAAACUCCAAUCUCAUCAGGGACUAACUUUACAGUACCAUUCUACUGUUUUUUUAAUUGCUGUUUUUUUUCCCUUUUUCCUUCUGCCCACAAUAUGUAAAAGAAUAUGUGAAUCUGUUUGUAGUUUGUUUGUUUUUUGCACAAAGUCCGCGAGCAUUGCCACUUUUCAUUUCACUGCACAUCUUGUAUGUGUAUGUGACGAAUAAACUUGACUUGACUAAU